AUGUCGAUGCCAGACAUAAUGUCAUCAGAUUCGAUCAAUCCAACAUCUUUAUCAAGUCAAAGUUCUGGUAACAUUCUGACGCUAUUGAAUGUUUUAUACACGCCCGGCUUACCCCUUUACACUCCCAGUCUUCCACUGCUAAAUGGUCGUACAAUGCAUGCAUUAUAUGCAAUCAGUUUUAUCAUCUAUUCGAUCACCGAUCUAUGCGAUUGGCUCUUUGUUUACUUCACUCUUCGUGGUUAUGUUACAUCAUUUCCAUUAAAAACUUGGCUCGCUAUAGCGCUUGCCUCUACAACAGUUUUUGGCUCUAUGCUAACAUCUCUUCUGUUGGUACUGUGCAUUGAAAAUGCAUUUGCUCAUCGUCUUGAUAUAGCUCCAUAUCGAAGUGGUUUUGCUAUCAUUUACGAAGCGUUUAUACAAUGGGUUCAGAUUCUUCAAUGGCCACUGAUCAUAUCAUCAUCAGCGACAACUAUAAGUAUUCUGUGGCGCUUAGUGAUGUUGUAUUUCGCAUAUCGUCAAAUGAUAUUUCCCUCGAAAUCCCUACCACAUGUUAAUACGUUCACCCGUCAGCCAACAAUCUAUGAACAAUUCAAACUUAAUUUGAGUCAAAAGAAUGGCGGACGUUUGAAAGAUUACGAUGAGCUAUGGCCUGUUAGAUAUAGCGUUCGAAGGAUCUAUGGACCAGUAGUAGAAGAUAAUUAUGUAGAAGAUAAUUAUGAACAUCGAACUGUACCUGUAAAAUCUGAUAAGCAAUCACAUCGGAAUGCAUUAUUCAAAGUUUGUGUAGCAGUUUCAUCAUCACAAAAAACAAUUCAAGCAACCAUUGAAACAAGCCACAAAGAGCAUUUGAGCACAUCACAAUUACAGUACAUAUGUAAACCUAUUUGGAAGGAUGGCGGUUUUAGUAUUGGCCUUAAUAGACAAGAAGCUGGCACUUGGCAAACACGAAUAACAUUAACUGAAAAACAAAUUCUUGCUAUUUCAACAAAAAUCAGGAUGGAAUAUGAAAAUGAUCGGCAGAAACCUCAUCAUACGUUAUAUUACGAUUAUGUAUUAUUACAGCAUGUGGAUAGAUCACUACAAAGUUAUACUUGCAUACCUGGAAAUAAAACAGAUUGGAGGUUCAUAAAUGAGAUCAACGAAUUAGCAUGGCCAUACUAUGCGGCAUGUGAUCGUGCAUGGUCGAUCGAAUGGAAUGCUUUAAUUAAUUGCAAUUUGUAUAACAAUAUGAAUUAUUUAGAGAAUAAAAGUUAUUAUUUUGAUUAUGUGUUUAUUUGA